CGCAACACUCCUUAAUAAAUCACCGCAGCAGAUUUCACCUAACAGAAGAGAGUUAAAUGGGUGGUAUUCUUCACGUACAUACCUCCAUAACAUCUACUUCUCCGCCAAAACAUCAACAUGUAUUCUCAUAUGCAACACAGUGAUCAAUAUUAAUAGCCGCUACCAAGCUGACGAAACUAGGUGGGCGAUUCUGAGUAUUUAAAAGGAGCAUCAGAAAAUCCCCAUCUCCUCAAUUCAUCAACCACAAACCCCAAGAAGCUCAAAAUAGACCCUGCUUCUUUCUGAGCUAACAACAUGGCUUCCAAAACUCCCCUCCUCGCUUUCCUCGUCCUGCUCAUUGUAUCCUGCAGUCAAGUGCUUGCAGGGCGCCCUGUCAAGGAAGACGCGAAGCAGCCCAACUUCUUCCAAUCUGAUAACUUGACUGUUCGGGGGAUCGGAAGAGUGUUGCCUCCAAGGUUCCGCAUUCCUUCUUUCAGGCCGUAUACUGCUCCCCGCAAGUACAUUCCAGGUGCUGAUGACACAUUUGUGCCGAACCCCGGAUUUGAGGUCCCAUUGCCUCAAAGGGGUCCUGCUGCUGCUCGCCCUUGACCUGCCAUUCCUGCAGUUUUUUCUUCUGUUUCUGUUGCUGCAAUAAGAGGAACUGGACCAGUUCCUAGAUGCCCUGAGUUCCAGUUAUUUGUAAUGUUUCUUUAAAUGUUGGUGUGCUUGAGUCUGUCCUGGUUUCUUGAUCGAGACCAGAUGAGUGCCCUGAAUUUCCUAUCUGGUAUGACAAUGAAGCUUUUGUUUUCUUGCCAAUAUGAACUUUAUCUAGAUUCUGCAGCCAUGGAAAACCUUGGUUCCCUAAGCACAAGCUAACUUAUGUGGAUGAAAAAGUAGCAAACUUUCCAUAUCUCUGCAUAUAUGGAAAGACCUUAUUCAAAAGACAAAGACCAUAUUCAAAUGAUAACCACCAUAUGCAAUGUACAGUUUGUAAACCUUGGUUCCCUAGCACCCAUGUUGAUCAUGAUUGAAAUCUCAUAAUCCGCAGACAACGAUAAAAACCAGAACUGGAGAUAAUUCCUUUUCCUCCAAUGAGAUUUGCCAUAGCACUCAGAACUUGGUAAAAGUAAGAGAACCUGUUCGUUUAGUUGAUCGAAAAUUAACAGUAAACCAGUGUAAAAAUACAACAGCAACCACAGUGAAUUUCUCGAAAAUAAUGAAUGUUACAUUCUACAGCUUCGGUAUAACAACUCUCUAAACCAGACCCGAAAGGCAGAGUCUGAAUAUUAUGGCUAAUAACUCCAGAAAGCAAAUCACCGAAAGUCCGAAACUGAUAAAUUAGCGAUAAUGAAAGUGACAGCAGCGAACUGAACUGAAAGCCAAAAUUUUGGUGUUUCAGGCGAGUUAAGAGAGAGAAACGAAUCACCAAGCACCAACAAUCUUGAAGACGAUGAAGGAAAGGAAGCCCAGAAAAAUGCACAGGAACAAGUAAUCAACGAAGACGAAGAAUUGUGUAGACCCAUGAUUCCUAUUCUUCUUCGCCAUCUUCUCUUUGUCGUAGUCCGACUUGGGCUCGUUGUCCAGCGGUUCGAGCUUCGCCAUUGUGGCCGGAGCGGAGCUUUUCGCCAGUUGGUCGGAGAUCUCUGUGAUGGAGAAGAAGGAGGAGGAGGGUUAGCGGGGGAGCAGUUGUUUUGGGGAUCUGAGAUUUCUCUCAACCUUUUCUGUCCCCGUUUGUUGGUUGGAAAUUGGAAUUCCGCGCUAAUUUCUGGUUCUAUUUUAUUUUAAUUUAAGAGGACAGUAGCACUGGAGGAGGACCAAUAAAACAAACCGAAAUCC